GAGGCGUGGCUGGAGGCGGGCUGGAGCUGGAACGCUCACUGCGUGUGCCGCCAGCCCCGUGAGCGCCCCGGAGUCACCCAACAGCAAUUGCAGCCGAAGAUGGCGCCCGUGUCCGUCCAGCAGUUUGAGAAAGCCGUGGAGGGGCUGAAGAAAAUGGCGAAGGAGCAACCGGCCGAUGUCGUGCCCAUGCCUGCCGGGGAGAAGAAAGAGAAGAAGGGCCUAUUCGGUGUGAAGCACGCCCACACAGAGCUCCUCGAGCUGUGCAAUAUGAUCUACGACGAGGGCUUCAAGUACUCCGACGGCACCGUCGCCAUCCCCUUCGGCAUCCUCUUCAAGGUGUAUUCGGUAAUCAACAACCGAGUGGUCGGUCUCCUGGCCAAGGCGAGGAAGUACGGCCUUCUUUAUUUCGAGGGAGAAAUGCUCUAUCAGGUGCGGGACGACGACAAGCCGAUCAUGCUGCUGAAGCCGAUUGAGAAGCUUCGCCAGGAGCUGUCCGGGCUGAACUGAAGGACGACUCGGAAAGGCCCCGGCCGGAGGUCGGGAGGUCACCGGUCUGAGCUGGCACGGCCACAGUCUGCUGGCAGAGGGUCAUCUGUGCCACCUGGGAAGGUCACCAUCUGAUGACAGGGCCAUCUGUCUGAUGGG